UUUUUCAGCCCAAUCCUCGCCAUCACUCAGUACAGCAUGGAAGAAUAUUUCGACGGCUCUCUAGUAUUCGUUUGUUUCAGCUUGGUUGAAGACCUUUUCCCUUGUAUAUUCUUCAUUGGGUCCAUUAUGAUAUUUUUCCUCUUUCCCCUGGGUAUCCUCAUUGCCAUCUACGCUUUGAUAGCAAAAUCCCUAAUGUCGCAACCAACGAUAAUGAUAGCUCAAAGAUGCUCAACAGUACCCUGCCAGAGCGUGAUAAAGUACAGAAAACAGGUAAUCUUGAUGCUGGGUACAGUUGUGCUAGCGUUCUUCAUUUGUUUACUGCCCUUCAGGGCUCUAACCUUGUGGAUAAUAAUCGCGCCAGCAGGUUGGAGCCUUGAAAUCGGUUUCGAAAGAUAUUAUAACAUCCUCUACUUCUCCCGCAUUAUGUUUCACAUUAACUCUGCGGUUAACCCCAUCUUGUAUAACAUAAUGAGCUCCAAGUUCAGAGGGGGAUUUUUCAAGCUGUGCGGUGCUGAGAACUUACGAAUCAGGUGUAGGAAGAAGCCGGAAAUUACGAGAAAGAGCACCACAAGCUCGUCCACACAUACUUCGUCGCAGCAAACUUCCGAUAGUUUUCUCAAGAACAGUAAAAAUUACUCCAGGCAGUCAAGCUAUCUGAAGGAGGUCAAAGAAUUGCCCUCGGAGGGGGAGAGUUCAAACAGUGUGAAAAAUAAAGGUUUGACGAAGAAUGUUUACGUUAGGGCACCGUUACAGGUGGUGAAUGGUAUAAAUGGCCAAAAGCUCCCAGCUGGGGAAAUAUACGUUUAGUAUAGUACAAUUGUUGUUAGUCGCGUCAAUGAAAAUGUAAAGUAGGCCAUCUUCAGGAGCAACUCCGAUAUUAUUGAUUAUUUUCUUAGUAUUUUCUUUUCAGAUCGAAGAUAGAGUUAUUUAUAUUGCUUAAACACUAUUUAUGAUAUUCAAGUGAAAAAAUGAUACCAAACAAUCUCU